AUGGAGGAUGACACUCAAGGAUGUGAUUCGAUUCAAGAACUUGCUUUAAAGAAGAUGCUUACAAGGAAAGAGCACAACUCCUGUAUUGAUGAAUCUCUCAAAGAGUUAAGUCGUUUUCAGGGUGAUUCCAAGGUCAAUAUCAGUGGCGCAAUAAGUCUGAAUUUCUUUUUCAAGUCUCACAAGAUCGGUCGAUUAUUUACUCAUCUAAGUCAGUCAGGACUGAGUGGACUUGCAGCGCCUAGACGAGAAAGAUUGAAUGGGUCUUUCUUCUUCAUCCAGUCAGUACCAAAAGAAAAUGGACAAGCUUUAGGGCACGGUACAGAUACUCAUCAAACACGUUGGGAAGCUGAUGAGCAAAAACAUCAAUCUUCACCUAAAACUAAACAUGUCAAAGAUAAAGAACCCAUUAUUGAGAAAGAUAAGAAAACAUGUGAGGAAACCACCAAUGACGUGAAGACCUUGGCAACAGAUAUUAAUGAGAAGCCAGUUGGAAGUAUAAGAUUGGCUGGAGGUCUAAGCAGAAGGCAGAAGAGUACGAAAAGGGUUUCCUUUUCGCCAAUCAAUUUUGAAAGUUCGGCUUAUGGUACAACUACAGCUGAUUAUAAAUCAAAAGAAAUUCUUGAAGAUGGCAAAUUGGAGAUCGAUAAGCCAAAAGGUGAAAUUUCUGAAAACCAAAGAGAUGCAUCAGACUCUUCUCAGGAUCCAUCUUUGGAACAGAACGAAGGCACUGCUGUAUCUUUGAGUUCUCAUUCAGUGCCUGGUCCUACUUCUUGUCACGCAGAAAGCUCUUCAUCAACUGCUUUAGUGGUGGAUAUCAACCCUGUAACGACUGAUGCACCAUCUCAACCUGUUCUUUUAUCAAUCGGUGAAUUUGAUGGUGCACCAGAAGAAUCAGAUAGAUCAAAUGAGGAUGGUUUAGAGUCAGAAGCAGAAAAGAACGGAAAUAAAUCCGCCAGUAAAUGGACGGAAGAUGAUGAGAAGAAUCUUAUGGAUCUUGGGGAAUCUGAAAUAGAGAGGAACCAGAGAUUGGAGAGUUUAAUGGCUAGGAGAAGAGCAAGGAAAAAAAUGUUGAGAAUGGUGGCUGAAAAGAAUUUGGUUGACUUAGACCAUAAUGACCCUCCAAUUCAAAUUGCGCCAUUAUCAGUUAUUAAAAGCAAUCCGUUUGAUCAUUCGACAGAAAAUGAAAUUCCAGGUUUACCUCCUAUUCCUGGUUCAGCUCCUUCUGUUUUGAUCCCAAGAGCGAACCCUUUCGAUCUCCCCUAUGACCCACAAGAAGAAAGACCCAAUUUAACUGGAGACAGCUUUCAUGAAGAAUUUAUGAAUGUUAUACAAAAAGAUAUAUUUUGUCGACAUGAAAGUUUUUGUUAUGGAUCCACUUCAUACUUAGGAGGGCUCAAGCAAGAUAAAUCUGAUAAUAAUAUCAGGUCUUACUCGGUAAUCGAAGACAUGGGAUCGCCGGAGCAAAGACCAAUGGGUGCACCAAGUGAUUCUACGUCGAGUUUAGGUACUGAGGUAGAAUUGCGAUCUUUGGUUCCAGAUCAGGAAGAUGAAAUGAAGCCAAUUGAAGAACAAUCAGCUCAAGAGUGUGAGUUGAUGCCACCCAUCGAUCAGUCGGCUAAUUUUGUUGAAGGAACAACUCAAUCCCCUGAAGCAGAUGUGGUGGAAAUUCAUCCAGAAGAAAGAAGUGAAGCUUACAUGAAACCUGAUAUUGUUGAAGAGAAAUACAUUGGAUUGAGUUCAUCCUCUUCAUCUUCAUCAUCUGAGUUUAGCAAAAAUGAAAUUCAGUCACAGGCUAUAGAACUCAAUAGAGAUGAUUCAGCGCUGAAUGAUUAUGAUCCCAAGAGUGGUAUGACAGUGAAAGUCAAGGACAAUAGUCAACCCUACGAAUCAGUAUAUGAUUCUAGUCCAUCUGCAAUUGAAAAGAGGACAAUCGAAGAAUCAUUGUUUUGUGAGGAUAAAGGGGUAGUUCUUACCUCUGUUUUAUCAAUAGCUUCUGACAUGCAAGUAGAGGUAUCAGAAGCGAAUUCACCUUCAGCUUCAUCAGAAAGAAAUACUGCAUUUACAGAUGAAGAACUUCUAAACUACAAUGAGAAUGUCCGAAGUUGUAACAGCUCUGUCGGUGAAGAUCUGUGGGCAGCUUCACCAGACCUGCAUACAGUGGAUGAAAUUGAAUCAAAAUCGAACGGAGUCACAGAAAUUAGCGACCUCGCUGUCAUAAAUGCAGGACUUUUUGGAGCUUGUACUACUGAUGCCAAUACCGGAAUUCCCAUCGAGCAACAACCAGUGCUUAAUCCUGUUAACUCCAACCCACCUCCUUGUCCUUCAGAGACUGAAUCGAACAUUGAAGGUUUGGUGAGUCAAGCUUCGUCUUCAAGUACCGAACCGGAGGUAGUUGCACGAGUUCCUCAAGUGGAUUGGAAAGAGAAUGUGGCACCAAUAGCUUCUAGUUCCUCUGCGAGACAACUUCCACAUGAAAGUUUGAUAGUUCAACCAUCCAGGGAUGGUGAUCAUCACAAUGAAGCACAGGAACCACCUAUCAGUUCUAGCAAAGAACACAGUUUCACAGACCCAUUAGCAGUUGAUUCCAAAACAAAUUCAGCAUUACUUGAAGAACCAAGUAUGCAAGGUUCGGUGAAUCAAAGUCCAUCGUCUAAUGCUGUAAAGGAGCUGCAUAGUCAAGUCUAUAAAUUGAAUUUGGAGGAGACUGCCGACACAACAGCUGCUACUUCAUCGCUCGCACAGCCAUCUCUUGAAAACUUAACGAAUCAGACAUCUGUGGAUGGGAAUCAUCUUGAUGAAAAACAGGAAGUGUCUUUCAAGUCUACAGAUGUACAGGAAGUAUCUUUCAAGUCUACAGAGGAUGAAAACACUAUCAAGAAUGUGAAGGAUCCACCAGCUGUCGAGUCGUACCCAACUUCCUCUCUGAUGUGUGAACCGUUAACUGAUAACCAGAACUCAUUAUCAAGUACCGAGCCAGAGAUGCAUAACCAUGUUGAGCAAUUGGUCCUGGAGGAGAAUGUUGAACCAAAUCCUUCUAGUUCUUCACUUUCACAAGUUCCACCCGAAGAAUUUGUCUAUCAGCCGCCCAUAAAUAAUGAGCAUCAUGAAGAAGCAAAGGAACCAUCCACCAAGCCUAUGGAAGAAGGAGAUAUCAGCAAGGAUGUGAAUGACUCAAUAUCAACUGAUUUCAAAUCAACUUCAUCAGUGGGUGAACCGAUAAAGGAGGAAAUGAUGAAUGAGAGCUCAUCUUCAGCUGUCGAAGCAGAGAUAAUGAGCAAUCAAGUUCAUUUAUUGAAUUUGGAGGAAAAUGUGGAUCCAGAAGCUUCUAGUUCAUCAGUUUCACAGCUUCCAUCUGAAAAAUCGGUCGUGCACCCAUCCAUGAACAAUGAUCAUCACGAGGAAACAAUGGAAUCACCCAUCAUUUCAACAAAAGAAGGAGAUAUCAUCAAGGAUGUGAAUGACUCGGUAUCAACUGAUUCCAAAUCAACUUCAUCGGUGGAUGAACCGAUAAAGGAGGGAGUGAUGAAUGAGAACUCAUCUUCAGCUAUCGAACCAGAGAUAAUGAGUUAUCAAGUUCAUUCUUUGAAGUUGGAGGAGAAUGUAGACCCAGGAGCUUCUAGUUCUUCAGUUGAACAGCUUCCAUCUGAAAAAUCGGUUCACCCAUCCAUGAACAAUGAUCAUCACGAGGAAACACAGCAGCCAUCCAUCAUUUCAACAGAAGAAGGAAAUCUCUCAAAACGUUACCAACAUGGUAUGCACCCGGUAACAACCGACUCUCAUUCUACUUCAUCUGUAAUGAAUGAACCAAUAAAGGAGGGUUUGAUGAAUCGUGACCCGUCGUCAAGUGCGGAAAAAGAUAUGCAUAACCAAGAUCUGCAAUUGAAUUUGGUGGAGAGUGGAGAACAAACGGUUUCUGGGUCUUCACUUACCCAUUUUCCAGUUGAAAAUUCAAUGGUUCAGACGUCCGUGGACAGUGAUCACCCUGAAGCUGCACAGGAAUCCUCUAUGCAGUCCCCCGAGGAAGAUAAUAUCAUCAACGAUGUGAAGGAUCGAAUAAUAGUUGAAGAGGAGAAAUCAAAGUCAGUCAAAGAUGCUGAAGGAGAUAACCAGGAGUUGAUUGAACGUCAGGUGGACUUGCCAGAAACAGCAGUGACACCGUUAAUAAAGGAGCAAGCUUUUGAAGCAAAUCAAAAUUUCGAACAAAAAGUGGCCGAGCUAGCACCCAAAAGUGAACUAGAUUCAUCGGGUGUUAUCUUUACCGAUGAUCAUCUUAAUGAGGAAGAAACUAGGAAGACAACAGAUAGUGGAACAAUACAGGAGAAAGAUGUUGAAGCAGAUCGUUACCCAGAAAAGGAUACUUCUACGCGUCUGCAUGAUGAGCAAUUAACAGUUACGUUAACGCCUGAAACAAAAGUAGAAUCUGUUAUGGUUAGUUUUUCUGCUGAUCAUCUUAACCAUGGAGGAAGGAAUAAGACAAUGGAGACUGCAACAACACAGAAGCAAGAUGUUGACGGGAAUCUAGACCAAGAACAUGAAAUGUCUAAGCUUCUGCACAAUGAUCAAAAAGUUGGUCAAGCUUCAGAGGAAAAGAUACAAGAAGAAUCUAGUACCGUUGGCUCAGCCAAUUAUCAUGCUGAUCAAGGAAGUCAUAUGAUGACAUCAGAGGGUGCAACAGUACAGAGUCAAGAUUUUGGGGGCCAUGUCAACUUAGAAAACAAAUCAUCCAACCAUUUGCAUGAUGUAAAGGAAGUACUUCAGCUGCAACCAGAGAUAGCAGUAGAAUCUGGUAGAGUUAGCUCUUCGGUUGUUCAUACUAAUGAUCAAGAAAGUAAAAAGAUAACAGAUAAUGUAGCAACCCAGGAGCAAGGUACUGACGCAAAUUGUGAUCAAGAAAGUCAUGAAACAAUGGAGCAUGGGGCACAACAGAGUCAAGAUUCUGAAGCAGAUCAAGGUAAGGAAAAGGAAAGUACCGGGCAUUUGCAUAAUGAAGACGUUCAGCUAAAACCAAAUACAACGAGAGAAUCUGGUGCGGUUAGCUCUGCUGAUCAUUCUAACGAGCAUACGAGUUAUGAGAAGACGGAGAGUGGGACACAAUCAAAGCAACCUUUUGUUGCAAAUCCUGAUUUAGAAAAAGAAACUUCCGAGGAUUCGCACAAUGGACAACAAGCAGGUUGUCUAAAACCAGAGACAAAGUUAGAAUCUAGUAAUCUUAACUUAGAUCAUGGGAGUUCUAAACUUCUGGAAGCAAUGGAAAGCGACUUCAAUCAGAAUACAGAAUCAGCUUAUAAUGAAAAUCAUCAGCAUUUAGUGAAGGAAAUAGCUUCAGAUGAUCUGGAAAACGAAGUUGCAACUCAUCAGCCGCAAAAACCAGGUUCAACAACCAGUGCUAACAUUGUUGAUCAUCAUGACACCUAUGGCCAUGAAGAUUCUAAUCAAAAGAGUAAUGCUGAGAGCGGGUCAGUGGAGAAGAAAUUAGCGUUUGGAGGAAAUCUACCGCUAAAAAACAUUAUUUUUAAGAAUCUGAUUGAAGAAGAAGUUUGGUUAACACCUAAAACAACAUUAGAAGCCAUCACUCCCAGAGCACCAAUAACACCGAAAGCAGCUGAAUUGGAACUUCAUUAUCAUCGGAAUCAUUCUAAUGAUCACGGAGCAAGUUGUAACAUUCCAGAAAUGAUGGAGAACAGAACUCGAGAAGAAACACAUGAACCUUCUAAACCUCUGCAGGUUACAGAAGUAGUAACCGUAGAAUCUGUUGAUCAUGGUAGUGAAAAUCAAGAUUUUGAUGAAAAAGAUACCUCCAAACCUCGGCGAAAUGAACAUGAUAUUCAUCAUCCGCAGCAGGUAACAGCAGACAAAAUAAAAUUCGAAUCUGGUGAACAUGCAAUGAGUUCUGUGAUGGAAACUGGACCUGCAAAGAAGGAGCUGAGGUUUGAACCAAAUAAUUUAAGAAAUAUGAUCUACAAGAAUCUUCAACAAGAAGAAGAAGUUUGGUUAACACCUAGAACAGAAGCUGAUCAUUAUCAUAAUUAUCAGCAUGAUAAUGAAAGUUCCAAUGUCCAAACAAAUACUAGUACACCGACAAUGAGAAAGACCGAGAGCGAUUCAGCGGAGGCAGAGAAGAAAGUAGAUUUUGAUGAAGGUAAUCAUCAUCCUCAAGAAAAUGAAGCAAGUGAUUCUAAAACCUUGGAUUGUCAUGAGAAUGUAGUUGAUGAAAGUUCCAAUGUCCAAACAAGUGCUAGUACACCGACAAUGAGAAAGACCGAGGGCGAUUCAGAAGCGGCAGAAAAGAAAGUAGAUUUUGAUGAAGGUAAUCAUAAUUCUCAAGAAAAUGAAGCAAGUGAUUCUAAAACCUUGGACGAUCAUGAGGAUGUAGUUGAUGAAAGUUCCAAUGUCCAAACAAGUAUUAGUACACCGGCAAUGAGAAAGACCGGGGGCGAUUCAGAAGCGGCAGAGAAGAAAGUAGAUUUUGAUGAAGGUAAUCAUCAUCCUCAAGAAAAUGAAACAGUUGAUUCUAAAACCUUGGACUAUCAUGAAUAUGUAGUUGAUGAAAGUUCCAAUGUCGAAACAAGUACUAGUACACCAACAAUGAGAAAGACCGAGGGCGAUUCAGAAGCGGCAGAGAAGAAAGUAGAUUUUGAUGAAGGUAAUCAUCAUCCUCAUGAAAAUGAAACAAUCGAUGCUAAAACCUUGGACUAUCAUGAAAAUGUAGUUGAUGAAAGUUCCAAUGUCGAAACAAGUACUAGUACACCGACAAUGAGAAAGACCGAGGGCGAUUCAGAAGCGGCAGAGAAGAAAGUAGAUUUCGAUGAAGGUAAUCAUCACCCUCAAGAAAAUGAAACAAUUGAUUCUAAAACCUUGGACUAUCAUGAAAAUGUAGUUGAUGAAAGUUCCAAUGUCGAAACAAGUACUAGUACACCGACAAUGAGAAAGACCGAGGGCGAUUCAGAAGCGGCAGAGAAGAAAGUAGAUUUCGAUGAAGGUAAUCAUCACCCUCAAGAAAAUGAAACAAUUGAUUCUAAAACCUUGGAUUGUCAUGAGAAUGUAGUUGAUGAAAGUUCCAAUGUCCAAACAAGUACUAGUACACUGGCAAUGAGAAAGAACGAGGGAGAUCCAGCAGCCGCAGAGAAGAAAGUAGAUUUUGUUGAAGGCAAUCAUCAUCCUCAAGAAUAUGAAACAAGUAAUUCCAAAACCUUGGAUUAUCAUGAAAAUCAUGAAAAUAUAGUCGAUGACAAGAAUGCCAAUUCUACUACCAGUACUAUUGUUAAGAAAAGCAUGGAUGAAUGACUUUUUUUUUCUGUUGUGAAAAUUCAUAUUAUAACCAACAUUACGUUUUUCCCUCCAUAUAAAAAUUUGGUUCCUUCUGUACA